AUGCCGCUUAUCAUCAUCACCGGCCUUCCAAGCUCUGGCAAGACAUAUCGUGCACAGCAGAUAGCGAAUUACGUCUCCCAGCGUAUCCACGAUGAUGCGGCGUCGAAGCGCACCGUCCAAGUCGUAGACUCCCAUCAUGCCCGGAAUGACACAUCUUGUGACCCUUCCAACGUCGAAGCCAACCGCCGCCGGGACGAAGUUUUCAACUCUGCCGCUCGAGAAAAGACAGCACGCGCUGAAGAGUUCUCUGCUAUUAAACGCGGAGUGUCGCGAGACACAGUUGUGAUCGCGGAUUGCCCAAACUACAUCAAGGGCUACCGGUAUCAGCUAUGGUGCGAAGCCAAGGCGGCGGGUACGCGCUGUUGUGUUGUACACGUUGCAGCGCAAGAAGAUGAGUGCCGGCAGUGGAACGAGGCCCGGUUGCGCUCUUGGGGCAGAGGAGACGAGAUUGGGCAGGAGUCUCAUACCGAGAAAGGAGACAUGACGCAGCACGGCAAAGAUGUGAUGGGAAAUCUACAGCCUGAAGGCCACACGGCCGUUUAUGGCGAUCGUGUUCUACACCAGAUACCGCACAGCCGCAGCUCCUCCACGGACGGGGCCAGCAACGACCAUGACCGUCCGCAGCUGCAAGACGAUACCAUGACCCUCAAGUCCCUCUAUAUAACAUCGCCAAAAGCCCCUCUCAACGCCCCCUCGAACGCUGCCGCCAUUCCGCCGUCGAAUACUACUACAGUCGUCGCCUCCGACACGAAGGCUUAUCUCCCAUCAAUACCGAUCCCUCGACCAGAAGCCACGCCGCCCUAUUCUCCCCCCACCCACCUCUCCCUGAGCAUGCGCUACGAGCCGCCCUCCCCCUUCUCCCGCUGGGAUACCCCCCUCUUCACCGUUCCCACAUCGGACACGCACCCCCCCUACCCCGCCAUCUGGGACGCCGUCUUCCCCCCUCCCUCCAAACCCACCUCGAGGAAAGCCCUGUCCCAACUCAGCGCUUCUUCCCGCGAUGUUGUGAGCAGCACCAAUAACAGCACCGGAACUGGCAUCGAUCCCUCCUCCUUCUCCUCCUCAACCACCAAGCAAGACCACAACAGCGCAGCCGCCGACGACGACACCGUGAAACCCCACGCCGCAACUAUCCUCCCACAAGCCACCGCCGCCUCCGCGCUGCAGACCCUCGAAGCCACCACGCUCCAGGUCGUGCGCGCGCUGCUGGCCGCGGCGCGGACGCAGGGUGCCGCGGACGGAGACGGCGGCUCCGUCACCUUCUCCGUCGAGUUUGGGCCGCCAGCGCCAGCGUCAACGUCCCCUGCUCAGGUCUCCCUUUCCACUGUUUCUGCCUCUGAAGAGAUGUCAGUCACAAUCCCGCCGGGCACGGUGCUGAGCCAGCCGCUCCUGCAGCGGCUGCGGCGGAAGUACACGCAGCUGCAGCGGGGGCGGAUCGCGCACGGGCAGGGGUAUGUGGGGCAGAGGGGCGGGAGGGCGGAGGUGGUAGAUGGGUUUGUGCGGUUUUUGGGUGCAGAGUUUGUAGAUGGUGAGGAAUGA